UUGUCAAUGUCAAAUUGACAUUUCUACGUUUAUUUUAGUGGAAAAUUGUGUUGUGAUUGCGAAUUAGAUUUUCAUUCCUUAUUUAUAAAAUAUAAGGUCACAACCAGCAUGAAUCUUUCAGAUCCAUCUGGUGAUGACUCUAGUAGUGAUGAGGCACCAACACCAGCAAAGAGGCCUAGAUCCGAUACUUAUGGGGCUUCAUCUACCACAUCACAUGGAUCAGAAUCAGACGAUGAUCAUGAAGUAAAUUCAGAUUUCCAUCAAACUAACAAAUCAACUCAGAACUAUUCAAAACAUAGUCCUGAACGCAACAUUAGACUAAGUAGUAGAAGUAGUAUAAGUGAAAACUGCUCAUCGCCGAGUGACCAAUUUGAUGACUUCAGACCAGCAUUUGAUGACAAAGACGCAGAAAAUGGCGAGAGUUCUAGUCGACCGUCAUUUCAGUCGAAUGACUCGUUUUAUAGCAAAAAUGAUAAUGAUGAAGCUGAUUAUUCAUAUAGCAAUGAAUAUUCAAAAGUGUCAAAACGUAUGAUGAGCAAAAUGGGUUUCAAGCCUGGUAAAGGAUUAGGUAAAUUUGAGCAUGGACGUGUGGAACCUGUCGAAGCAUCAUCACAAAAAGGACGAAGAGGAUUGGGCAUGAAGCCGUCUAUUGUCGGCGAAAUACCUGAAGAUUUUAAAUGGACUCCCGACGACGAUAAACCAGAAGCGAAAGAGACAAUAUCUUGGAUGAGUCCACCACCAGAAGAGACUCUAUCCGGCGACAUUUUGGACGAAUGGUUAAGAAAAGGACCCAAAAAGCUCACUAUAGACGAUGAACAUGACUUUGUUCAACCGCACAUAUUGAAAGGCGUAUUAGAUGCCAAGACAAUAUUUGAUAGUUUGGACGAUGAAGAUUUAAGACGUGCACGAUAUAGAAGUAACCCAUACGAAACCAUUGGUUCAGUUAUAUUUCUAAACAGGGCAGCCGUCAAAAUGGCUAACAUAGACGCCAUUUGUGAUUUCAUGUUCACAAGUCCUAAAAAACAAAAUGGAGAAGACGCAGUGGAUAAAAAAGAAAUAUUAUAUUUUGCCGAUGUAUGCGCCGGACCCGGUGGCUUUUCAGAAUAUGUUUUGUACAGAAAGGGAUGGAAAGCUAAAGGUUUCGGGUUCACGUUGAGAGGCAAGAAUGAUUUUAAAUUGUCUGAUUUUUAUGCUGGCACUCCAGAAACUUUUAACCCUUACUACGGUAUCAAAGACGAUGGUAAUAUCUUCGACCCAGCGAAUCUAAUGUCGUUGAAAGAGCAUGUUUUAAAACACACUGACGAUAAAGGAGUUCAUUUCCUCAUGGCCGAUGGUGGAUUUUCGGUGGAAGGGCAAGAAAAUAUUCAAGAGAUACUAUCAAAACAAUUGUACUUAUGCCAAUGUCUUGCAGCUCUCAUGCUCGUGAGGACGGGUGGCAACUUUGUGGUAAAAUUGUUUGAUGUUUUCACACCUUUCAGCGUUGGAUUAAUCUACAUAAUGUACAGAUGUUUUGAUAAAGUAUGCAUACAUAAACCUGUUACAUCAAGACCGGCGAACUCUGAAAGAUACCUUAUAUGUUUGUGGAAGAAAUUGGGCACCGAGGCGGCCGAAAAUCAUCUAUAUUCUAUAAACUCCAUGCUAUGGAACAACACCAAUACUGACGAAGAUGUAGCAGAGUUAGUACCAAUGAGCGUCAUGCAAGAAGACACCAACUUCUAUGAAUACAUGUACAGGAGUAAUUGUGUGAUCGGUGAAAAACAAAUAAAAAAUUUGCUUAAAAUAGCGGCGUUCAGCAAAGAUGUAAGCUUGAAGGAGACAUGCCAAGCGGAAAUGAAGGAACAGUGUUUGCAGCUGUGGCAAAUCCCCGUUCAAGUAAGAACGCCGCCAAAGCGUCAAAAUCCGGAUGAUGUACUAAAAAUCAUUUUAACAUCUAUGAAAAAGCCGCCGGCGGAGUCGAGCAGUAUACAUUCAUUUAAAUCUAAUGUUUUAAGUAAACAACCCGAAUAUCUAGAGACUGAAAAAGAUUUAUUGACCAAGUUCAAAAAUGUAUACGAUUGGCAUUUCAUGUUCCUAAGUAGUGGCAAGAACAGCCCGGAUUUACGAAUUUUUAUAGGUUGCGGCGGGAAACAAGUAUUUCAGUUCGAAUCUAGUGGAUGGAAAAGUGUGGUCGAUUUGCACGUGACUCUGCCUUCAAAAACUCUUAUUUAUGGAGAGAUAGUAAGAGAAUAUCGAGGAGAGGGCCAUAAUCAAAUGCACAGUAAAUCAUUACAUAUUAUAGAUGCCCUAAUGUUGGGCGGCGUCGACAUUUCAAGAUAUACACUGAGUGAAAGAAUAAAUCAAUGCAAUCUUUUCUGCACAGCGAUAAAUAAGCCUUUCGAUAACCAGGCUCUACCGAUACGAUGUAAACGAAUGUUUAAUAUGGAGAAAUUUUCGAUAGCAUUAGACAACUUGCAACAUCGGGCAAUGAAACGAGUGAAACAGGCUGUUACUAUCGAAACUCCGGAUAGAAUAAACAGAAGCGAAAUGUUUUAUACGGUUGGAUCGAUUCUUUUCAUUAAAGAAAUAAAAGAACCAUGGUCAGCUCAAAUGUCCAAGAAAAGUGGCUUUAAAUAUUACUUCGCCAUGGGGAAAGAUAAAAAACCACGCAGUGAGUAUUUUAUACCAGAGAGCGCAGCUCUCGACAUGGUCAGCGCGUACAGUAGCCGCGUUAUGUGGCCUUGGGAAGCUGCCGCUGCCGCGAUAUUAGAAGGGGACGAUCACGGUGGAGUGUCACGACUACAUGUCGAAGGACACAUUCAACAUAAUAUAGAAAUGAAGAGAUAAAAUGAAAUGAACUAUACUUAUAAGAAAUAGAAAUACAAUUAUAUUCUUUUAUAAAA